AUGAGGAUUUCUCUUGCUUCUGGUACAGUUCCAAGUUCACCUCACAUCACAAAAUUCCUGUGGAGGUUGCAACAAACGGGAAUCUCUUUAGGAUACGCACCAUCGCUAAUUGCUCUGCCAAGGCAUGACAGGACAUUCUCGAAAAUCCGUCGAGAUCUCAUUACACGGACCCCUCGAUAUCGCGACAUGAUAACGGAGUUGUUAUGA